UGUUCGCCACACAAAAUUUUGCACACAAGCAGGCGACGAAGUUUUUUUUUAAAUAAUAACAAAAUGCCAUGGCGUUAAGCUAAGCCCAACACUUUCACUUGCCCGUCCAUCUGGGGAAGAAAGCAAUAGUGUGGUUCUUCAGCAGAUAUUCGUACAUCCCUUCGUCCGAUAUCUAUGAGUGUUUGUGUUUGUCCAUUGCUUCCCAGUGAAUCACUAAAAAAAAAAAGUUAAUAGCAACACGCAGCGGAGAUAAGAAAGAGUGCGCUUCCAAUCGCUCCGCCCCCAACCCAACCACCGUGUAACCGCAGCGCCGCAAAAGAAGCAGCCCCACAAGUUGUCCCCACGCACGAAGACAACAGGGCCACCGAGGAAUUGGCAGCCAAAGUAUUUGGUUGCAUCAAUAGAAUGGGCAACGACGAUCUCCGGCGGAGAAAGACACCUUGCGGAUUUUGCAUGGCUGUGUUCAAGUGGAUUCCGGUUGUAUUCAUAACCGCCGUCAUUGCCUGGUCCUACUAUGCCUACGUCGUGGAGCUCUGCAUACGCAAUGCCGAGAACCUCGUGGGGAUGAUUUUCAUGCUUUUCUUCUACCACAUAGCUUUGAUACUGUUUAUGUGGUCCUACUGGAGAACCAUAAUGACAUCGGUUGGCCGAGUGCCAGAUCAAUGGCGGAUACCAGACGAGGAAGUGACUCGCCUAUUCCGUGCGGAUAACCCAGAGACACAGAAGCGCAUUUUGAAUAGCUUUGCCCGCAGCUUGCCAGUUACCAAUCGCACAAUGAACGGCUCUGUCCGGUUUUGUGAAAAGUGUAAGAUCAUCAAGCCGGACAGGGCGCAUCACUGCAGUGUGUGCAACAGCUGCGUGCUGAAGAUGGAUCAUCACUGCCCUUGGGUGAACAAUUGCGUCAACUUCUACAAUUACAAGUUCUUUGUAUUGUUUCUGGGCUACGCUCUCGUCUAUUGCCUGUAUGUUGCAUUCACUACACUGCACGAUUUCGUUCAGUUCUGGAAGGUAGGUGCCUACGAAAAUAAUGGUUACUCGGAACAGGGCCAGCUGAACGGCAGUGGCGUGGGCCGUUUCCACAUCUUGUUCCUGUUCUUCAUAUCCAUCAUGUUUGCCAUUAGCUUGGUGAGCCUGUUUGGCUAUCACAUCUACCUGGUUCUGGUUAAUCGCACCACCUUGGAAUCUUUUCGAGCACCAGUAUUCCGAGUCGGCGGUCCAGACAAGAACGGCUUCAAUUUGGGCCGCUAUGCCAACUUUUGUGAGGUGUUUGGGGACGACUGGCAGUACUGGCCUUUGCCCAUCUUUACCAGUCGCGGUGAUGGCUUCAGCUAUCCAACAUCCACCGAUCAAAGCGGCGAGGCGCCCACCGUCCAGCGAUAUGCUGCCAUGGGCGACACGACAACCAGCAGGUUAGAUGGCAAUCCAACAGAUAAGUUGAUUGACGCUAUUCCCCUCGACACCACAACCAAUAACCAUGAUCAACCACCACCUCAACACCAACAUCCACAUCAAGUAAGAAGCCAGAACCUGGCGCAGCCGCAGUCGCAGCCGCAACAGGCGCGCCACCAGGCCCGUCCAAACUCGCUAAAUCUGCAACCCGCACUGGAACUGCCAUUGGCAAACGGCCAAUCAUCAAACUGCAGCACGGCACAAGUCCCGUCUAGUCCGAUGGUCGUUGUCAAUCUUGGCACCCUGCCAGAGGAUGCCAAAGGCUCUGCGGUCAUCAUCGAUAUGGUGGGCGAUCAUAGUGGAGCUGCUGCUGGUGUUGCCGCACCCAAGGAUGCCUGAACUAGAUCCUGUAACUGUCGCUACGUAAAGCCCUUUUAGAUACGUAUCCCCAUGUAUGUUUGUUGUAUAUCUGUGUAAACUGCCAGAACUGUUGCACUUGUGGACCGUCAUCGUUGCAGUUUGUUUUUUAUUGAAAUGUAUGUAAAUUACCACUAAGUUACCUCUCUCUUUACAUAUGUAUGUGGGUAGACUCCAUACUGGGGGACCAUGCCGCCACACACAAGAAAACAAGUAAACGCCCCAUAAACAAAUAGACAUCUAAGUAAACUUCUAAGCAAUAUGUACAUAUAUUUACUAUGUGUGAGAGCUCCACUUGUCGAUGUUUUUAAUGGAAAUGUAAUGGAUGGCAAUAUAAAGUGUUAGUGUAGGGAUGAGCGCGAGACCUGAAAGUAGGGCAAAUGUUAAGGUAGUUCCUAGAUAGGGCACCCAACCUCAACAUUCACCUAAUCGUGCCCAUCUCUGGGUUGAUCCCGAUUAGAGUUAGUAUUCCCCAUUCAUGUCACCCAUGUAGAUAGCCAGCCCAUCUCCGUGACUUAACCAAUGAGAUUUCAGCAACUGAAUCGAAACAUGCACAACCCAUAAAGAGAAUUUU